GUGUUACUGAGGCUUGGUCAGAUGGCCUUCACUGGAGUGGCUGAGAAGAACAUUGUGUUCACAGAUGGAGAUUUGAUCAAAUACAAUCUGCAGCCUUCCCAGUUCCUGUCCGGGUUCCUGAUGGAACUUUUGGAGAGAGAGGAUUCAGCCCGGAGCGUGGUGUACGCCUUCCCGCACCUCACCAUCCAAGAGUUUGUAGCCGCACUCGCACAAUUCCUGACUGUAGAUCGCGGGGAUAUCACGACACUCCUCAUUGAAGCCCAUGGCAAUUCAGGCGGGCGAUUUGAAGUAUUUCUCAGUUUUGUCGCUGGUCUCUCCUCCCCACGGACAGCUUGGAUCCUGGAGGAGUUUCUGGGUAAAUUCCCUCAUCAAACAAUCUGCCGAGUGAUUGACUGGGUGAAGGGGGAGGUUAAACGCCGGGCUAGAAACACAAAGAGUGAAGCUGAUAAACGGAGCUUCCUGAACACGAUGCACUACCUGUUUGAGUCACAGAAUCCUGCACUGGCUCAGCAGACACUGGGAUCUGUGGAAACACUUUCAUUCAGUGGACUGGGACUGACCCCGAUUGACUGUGCGGUCCUGUCUCAUGCCAUCAGGCUCUGUGAUACAAUCAAACACCUCAAUCUGGGGAGCUGCCGCAUUCAGUGUGAAGGUCUCCAGCGGCUGGGACCGGUUCUGCACAAGUGUCAGGACUUGGGGCUGGAAUAUGUCGGUCUCACAGAUUCUGGAGCCGAGGAUCUCGCCUCCGCUCUCAGUACAAAGCCCUCACUGACGGAGCUGUACCUGAGUGGGAAUAAACUGGGAGAUUCCGGAGUGAAACUGGUGUCUGCGGCUCUGAGGAACCCGGACUGUAAAAUACAGACACUGGAGCUGGGCAGUGUUGGUCUCACAGAUUCUGGAGCCGAGGAUCUCGCCUCCGCUCUCAGUACAAACCCCUCACUGACGGAGCUGAACCUGACAGACAACUCCCUCACAGACCGAUGUGUCCCCGCUCUCCGCCGCCUCAUACUGACCCUCCCGAGUCUGAUGUGGAUCAUGCUGGGGCGGAAUAAGUUCGGUCCAACCGGGAAGAAGGAACUGAGGUCGCUGCAGGAACCCAGACCUGGACUGACAGUGAUCGUGUGAACAUCUCGUGGUGUAAAUGUCACCGCCCUGGGGACUGGAAUAUUGUUGGCCGAUUCCCCGCACUCCCUCUCCUUUAAACGGCCGCCCUCCCUCCCCUUUAAACCCCGACGCUUCCCGGGCGGUGACAUCAGAGGCGGCCCUGCCCGCAGUCACGUGACCCGGGUACUCAGCGCUGCUGAUGCUGAUGAUGAUGCCAGAUUUCCGGUGCUGCCUGCCUGCCAU